AUGAAUUCACUGUCAACAUGCAAGAUGGCCACGCAUCACAGGCAAAAUGCUGCUGGGCGGAGGAAAGUACAGGUAUCAUAUGUCAUUAGAGAUGAGGUGGAGAAGUACAAUCGAAACGGGGUGAAUGCACUCCAGCUCGACCCUGCUCUGAACCGGCUCUUCACUGCAGGGAGGGACUCCAUCAUCCGGAUAUGGAGCGUCUACCAGCACAAACAGGACCCAUACAUUGCAUCGAUGGAGCAUCAUACAGACUGGGUUAAUGACAUAGUCCUCUGUUGCAAUGGAAAAACUUUGAUAUCUGCCUCAUCGGAUACGACAGUCAAAGUAUGGAACGCACACAAAGGGUUUUGUAUGUCAACGUUACGAACACAUAAGGACUACGUGAAAGCGUUGGCUUACGCUAAGGACAAAGAGCUGGUAGCAUCAGCAGGUCUGGACAGGCAGAUCUUUCUUUGGGAUGUGAACACACUAACAGCACUCACUGCUUCCAACAACACUGUCACCACUUCAUCGCUGAGUGGGAACAAGGACUCAAUCUAUAGUCUGGCUAUGAACCAGAUGGGCACGGUUAUUGUAUCAGGAUCCACAGAAAAGGUUCUGAGAGUGUGGGAUCCUCGAACAUGCGCUAAGCUCAUGAAGCUAAAAGGUCACACGGACAACGUCAAAUCGUUGCUGCUGAAUCGAGACGGCACUCAGUGCCUAUCAGGCAGUUCAGAUGGGACCAUUCGCCUUUGGUCCCUCGGCCAGCAGAGGUGCAUCGCCACCUACCGUGUGCACGACGAAGGGGUGUGGGCCCUGCAGGUCAAUGAGGCCUUUACGCACGUAUAUUCUGGAGGCAGAGACAAAAAGAUCUACUGUACGGACCUGCGUAACCCAGACAUCCGUGUCCUUAUCUGUGAGGAGAAGGCCCCAGUGCUCAAAAUGGAACUGGACAGAUCUGCGGACCCACCUCCAGCAAUCUGGGUCUCCACCACCAAGUCAUCUGUUAAUAAAUGGUCUCUAAAGGGAAUGCACAACUUCAGAUCAUCCGGAGAGUAUGACAACGACUGCACCACCCCUCUGACACCACUGUGUACUCAGCCAGAACAAGUCAUCAAGGGAGGUGCCAGUAUUAUUCAGUGCCACAUUCUGAAUGACAAAAGGCACAUACUCACCAAAGACACUAACAACAAUGUGGCUUUCUGGGACGUCCUAAAGGCAUGUAAGGGCGAAGACUUGGGGAAGGUUGAAUUUGACGAAGAGAUUAAAAAGCGCUUCAAGAUGGUCUAUGUGCCAAAUUGGUUCUCUGUUGAUCUGAAAACUGGGAUGCUCACUAUCACUUUGGAUGAGAGUGACUGCUUUGCUGCCUGGGUGUCUGCAAAGGACGCAGGGUUUUCAAGUUCCGAUGGAUCGGAUCCAAAGUUGAACCUGGGCGGACUAUUGCUUCAGGCUCUGCUGGAGUUCUGGCCCAGAACCCGAAUCAACCCCAUGGACGAGGAAGAGAACGAGGUGAACCAUGUGAACGGAGAGCAAGAAAACAGGGUCCAGAAAGGGAACGGAUAUUUCCAGGUGCCACCACACACACCAGUUAUCUUUGGAGAAGCGGGAGGCAGAACCCUUUUUAGGUUGCUAUGUAGAGAUUCAGGCGGAGAGACUGAAUCCAUGCUGCUCAAUGAGACAGUCCCACAGUGGGUUAUUGAUAUAACUGUAGAUAAAAAUAUGCCCAAGUUCAACAAAAUCCCGUUCUACCUCCAGCCCCAUUCUUCCUCUGGUGCAAAAACUCUAAAAAAGGACCGACUGUCGGCCAGUGACAUGCUCCAGGUGAGAAAGGUCAUGGAACAUGUUUAUGAGAAGAUCAUCAACUUGGACAACGAGUCACAGACCACCAGCUCCUCGGCCAACGAUAAACCCGGGGAGCAGGAGAAGGAGGAGGACAUGGCCAUGCUAGCUGAAGAGAAGAUUGAGCUAAUGUGUCAAGACCAGGUGCUAGAUCCCAACAUGGACCUGCGAACAGUUAAACAUUUUAUCUGGAAGAGCGGAGGGGACUUGACACUUCACUAUAGGCAGAAGUCCACGUGAAAGUCGUCAUUUUUAAAAGCAGAACUCUUUGUCAUUUGCCAAUCACCACCCACCUCUGACAUGUAGUACCCUAAAACCCCAUUGUGUGGUCAAGAGUUGCAGUAACAGUGAGAAUCCAGUAAAAUUUGUGGGGACAUGGCUCAUGUUGUAUUAUAGGAAACUGAGAAGAACAGGCCGGCGCAGCCAACAGACACCUGGGAAAUAAGUGGUCCAUAUUGUUUGUUUUUUUUAAGUUUGGACUUAAAUGUCUCCUCUCUGCAUCCUUUUUUUUUCCUUGUUCUUCUUCCUCACAUCUUUGACUGUCCCUGCCCACCCUUUCCUGAUUGGCAUUUUAUUUUUGAAGCGACUGAAGUUGCAGUGCGUGUUUGUGUAUGUAUGCACACGGAUGUAGUAGACUGUCUGUUCUAGUACAUUCCAGGAAACUGUCCUUGUUCUACAGACACUCCAGUCCUGUCUCAGCAGUAUCACCAGUUUAGGAGUACACUUGGUCUCUGGGUAGCCUCACAGUCCCUCAAAGACAAAAAAACCCUCCUCUGUUCUGUAGUCGACGUCGUCUGCAUUAACUUGAACUUAACCUCGGCUUAGACAUCCAGUUAGUGCAGAGCUUGAACCUCAUCGACAGAAGCAGUCCACGUUGUCUUUUGUUUUUAGCGGUGUUAUCCUCAAAGGAAUGAAUGUUCUUUAUUUUGUAAAUAUAUGUACAACAUUUUUCAUUUAAAUUA